GAGACGCUGUCAUGUUGGCCGGGCUGCUCUUCCAGGCUGCUUGGGUGGCUGUGCUCCUUCACGUCGCUCAGGGCAGAGUCUACACGGGAAGGAGGAAGCUUGCCAACUUCGCCGUAGAGAGACGUCGCAUUGGACCACAUAUUUGUCUCUCUGGUUUUGGAAGUGGAUGCUGUCCUGGAUGGAUACCAUCUCCAGGGAGCGGACAAUGCACACUGCCACUGUGUUCCUUUGGCUGUGGCAGUGGCUUCUGCAUAGCUCCCAAUGUCUGUGCUUGCCGGGAUGGAAGGCAGGGCAUCACCUGUCAAGGUUUCUCGAAGUCCAGCCUGGUCCCUUCUCCCAUUUUGCAGUCUCUACAGCAGCCACAGACUCUGCUACGCCUUUCUCCAGAAUCCAUAGGACCUGUCUUGCCCCCCAGGGGUUCCCCAGACCUUGCUCCCUCGAGUGUACUUGAAACACCAUUUCCUUUUCCAUUUGUUCCCAUUCUCUCUGUGCUUCCAUCAACAGCUUCUCCUGCCUCCUCAUCUCCUCCUCACAGCUCAUCUUCUGCCACCUCUUUCUGGCCCAAAACUGCCAGGCCUUCUCUGCCACCCUUGUUACCAAAGAAGUUUAGCCCAUCCAUUCCCCCAAGCCCUUUGACUCCCUCAAUUCCAUCUGCCUGCUGGCAUGGAGGGGUCCUUCAUGAAGAUAACAGCUCUUGGACAGAGGCACUGUGUCUGAAUUGCUCCUGCGAGGGUGGACAAGUGUUUUGUCAAACAGUGACAUGUGAAGUUUCCUGCUCUCACCCAAUUCCCCCAGCCCCGGGAGAAUGCUGUCCUGCCUGCACAGGCUGUUUCUAUUAUGGGAUGUCCAGAGUUGAAGGGGACGUAUUCUCUCUCUCUGAGGAGAACUGCACAGUCUGUGUCUGCCUGUGUGUCCUUUUCAUUAAUAAUGUGCUUCUUCAGCAAGGUGAAGUGGAGUGCUCUUUCAUUCCAUGCCCCACCCCAGGAUGUCCCCGUGAGGACUGGCUGUUGGCUCCAGGACAGUGCUGCUUCACCUGCCGAAAGACUGCACUCAUGACAGGUUGCUUUAUCGAUGACAAUGGAAUUGAAUUUCCAGUGGGACAACUCUGGUCGCCGGGUGAUCCCUGUGAGUUAUGCAUCUGCCAGGCAGAUGGUUCAGUGAGCUGUAAGAGGACAGAUUGUUUGGAGAUGUGUCCUCAUCCAAUCCGAAUCCCUGGACAGUGCUGUCCAGAUUGCUCAGCAGGUUGUACCUAUGCAGGGAAGAUCUUCUAUAACAAUGAAACCUUCCCCUCUGUCUUGGAUCCAUGUCUAAGUUGCAUUUGUUUGCUGGGCUCUGUAGCCUGUUCUCCUGUGGACUGCGUCGUAUCCUGUACCUACCCUUUCCAUCCAGAAGGAGAGUGCUGUCCAAUUUGUCACGACUGCAAUUACAGGGGAAGAAAAGUAAUCAAUGGACACAACUUUGUUCCUGAAGAUGAACCCUGUGUUUAUUGUACCUGCCAGCUUGGGGAGGUGAGCUGUGAGAGGAAGACUUGUACAAAGACUUGUCCAGAGCCCUUUGGUCCUCUGACUCAUUGCUGCAUGGACUGCCAAAAUAAUGAAGUUAUGGAUGAUUUGGCUUCCCUGGAGAAUAGACUAGCCAACCCUGUCUUGGAAGAUGGAGCAGCAGAGAGACCCUUGCAAACUCUUCAAAGAAGUCCCAUGGCUCUGAUGUCUGACAGCUCUACCCCUAACAUUGCCUCACUUACUCCAGAUGAUCCUCUUGAAGCAAGUAAUGCAAAUGAUCAGGAGACUGUACUUACGAGCCCAAUUGCACUAGGAAAUGUUGGACUCCACCAAAGCAGACCAGGAGAGGCCACUAGGUUGCAUCUCAAUGAACCACCAAGUAUCAUCCCUCCUUCUUGGCUAAGCCACUCAGCGAUUCCUCAAAUAAAGCCAGAGUCCACUGUAUCACUUCUAAAUAAACCAGAGAGCUUUGGGGAUCCUCCUAGAAAAUCAAUUGGGUCCUCCAUGACUCAUUCCAGCCUGUCCUCUCUUUAUUCAAGAUCAAGCAGAACCACUCCAUCUCCCCCUACAGCUCAUAUUUCCAAUCCAUCCACUCCAGCUAACCUCAAAAAGUCCGUAACUGCCUUAUUUCAGGAUUCAAACUCCCACAACAUUCCUUUGCAACCUCUGGCUGAAACAUUUUCUUCCUCGGCCAGCUCUAAUCUAGAUUCUCUUCAAGAGCUUCCUAGCAGCCCAACUCACAUCACAUAUUUUUCUUUGGACCAGCAAAAUGCGGGGAAUGGCUCUAAAUUAACCUCUAGUAAUGAGAAUAGCCUCACUGAUAUAUCUCAGACUGGAGAAUAAGAGGGACAUAAUUAUUAUGAAUAAGGGGAACAUAACCACUUUAAUCUCAUAAAAACAAGAGCAUCUGCCUAUGUGGUUGCUGUUUGCUAGAUUUCUCACUAUGUAUUCAUGGAAACUAUUUCUCACUAUGUAUUCAUGGAAAUAAUCUCCAUUAUAAUUUCUGGUUUCUUAGAAAGCAGAUCCUCUUAUCGGGGAUAUCACUUCAGCUCUUGAUUGUAUUGAGGUUCUUACUUAAUGAAUGCUGCAUUGGACCUAGAAGAUAGUAGAAAAAUGCCUUUUGUUGCAAUAUCAGUAUAAACAUUCUGGUAAAGCAUAAAUAUUUCAGAACGAAAGCAUGACAAAUAGAAUCGUAGGCUAAUUCAACCUCUUGUCUUGCAUGUUGUAUGACUGGCUUAAUGCCAGCA